ACAAAGAACAUUAAACAUGUAAGUAAUUUCCUUUGAACGUUAAAAGAGUUAUUUCGUUGAACAUGGACGUGAAUAAACAUUGAAUUUUUGGGGUUAUGGGAUUCGACCCCUAUACGUUGAACGCCAUGUUCAACGAAAUGACUAUUACGAACGUUUAACGUUCAAGGGGAAUUACUGACAUGUUCAAUAUUCUUUGUUCUUUGAAUAUUUAGUGUUCUCUCCAUUCAACCUAACCCUAUAUAUAUAAAUCAUAUAUAACCAUUAAUCAUAGAAUGUAAAACCCCGUAGUAAGUUAACUAAUCUAAUUGGUUCUCAAAAAAAAGAAAAAAAAGUUAACUAAACUAAUUAACUGUGGUUUGGAGAAUCUAUUGUCAUAAUUCUUUAGCUCUCAAUCUUUGAAUUGUAAUGUAUUAACUCAUAAUUAAAUAGCCAAAUUGAACCUAGUGUCUUUAAAUAACCUUCGUUCCUAGCUAGAGUAUAGUAUAUAUGUAGACUGCAGGUUUGUGAUAGCUAUUAAUUAUUUUACAGGUGAAGAAUAUAUACUCAACCGGAGACAGGGGAUGGCCAAGUCUUUUCCGACCGUGAACGGUGGCGACGGAGCUUUCAAUUACGCCCAAAACUCCCAGUUUCAGAAAGAAAGUAUGAGUUCCGUGAAGGCGAUGAUCGAGGAGGCAAUCAUUGAAAAACUGGAGGUAGAUAUGUCGAGCGCAGUUAGCCUCGUAGAUUUGGGGUGUGCCGUGGGGCCAAACACAUUCCUCACGGCACAGCACAUGAUAGAGGCACUAGAAAAAAAAACAAGUGGCCUCGAAUUCGAGGUUUUCUUCAACGAUCAUGCCUCCAAUGACUUCAACAAGCUGUUGGCCUCCCUCCCACCGCCACCGCUCCGCCGAUACCACGCCGCCGCAGUGCCAGGAUCGUUCCACGGCCGCCUUUUCUCCCGCGCGCGCAUCACUUUGGCGCAUUCUUGUUUUGCCGUGCAUUAUCUUUCCAAGGUGCCGGAGGAGGUCACCCACAGCAACGAGGGCCGAAUCCACUACACGGGCGCCGGCGCGUCCCCGCACGUGCUGAAGGGGUAUUUGGAUCAGUUCGAGAGGGAUAUGAGAACCUUUCUGACCGCCAGAGCAGAGGAGAUUGUGAAAGGAGGGCUAAUGUUUCUCAUCAUACCUGGAAUUGGCGACGGCCUCGCACACUCACACAGUUGUUACGCUACACUGUUUAAUCUUAUUGAAUCCAGCGUAUUAGAUCUAGCUAAUGAGGGAGUUGUGGGUAAAGAUGAAAUCGACGGGUUCAACUUGCCCUUAUAUUUCCCACGUGUGGGGGAGGUGAGGGAGGUGAUAAAGGAGAAUGGGAGUUUCAGCAUGGAGAGAGGUGAGUUGACGAACUCGAGGUCGAAUGUUAGUGCACGUGCCAUGAUAAAUCACGUGAGAGCUGGUCUGGAAGGAAUGUUUACGCGACACUUUGGUGAAUCUGUGAUGGAGAAAGUGUUCGCAAAGGCUUUAGCAAAAGCCGAUGAAGCUUCGGAGGAGGUGGAGGCGUCCCUCCGCGACUCAUCUCAACUGUUUUACGUCUUGAAACGUAAAUAAGUAAUAUUCACAUUACAUGGAAUUACUGGUGGAAGUGGAACCCCUUGCAUAGUUGUACAUAUAAAAACAGUUUUUCUAAUAAAUUCUCAUGUUGGAUCCA